AUGACAUCCAACAACCUACCUUUAAAUCCACCGUUCACUUUCACUGGUGAAAAUUACCAAAUCUGGUCUGUGAAGAUGCAAGCUUUUUUGGAAGCCUAUGAACUUUGGGAAACUGUGACGGAAGAUAAACCACUUGCUGCUUUACCAGCAAAUCCCACCUUGGCUCUGAUCAAAUCCAACAACGAAGAGAAGGCAAAGAAAUCUAAAGCCAAGUCGCUUAUGCAGAAUGCUGUGGCAAAUAAUGUGUUUUACAGAAUCAUGGCUUGCAAAACUGCAAAAGAGGCUUGGGAUAGGUUGAAAGAAGAAUAUCAAGGCAGCGAUAGAACACGUCAAAUGCAAGUGUUGAACCUAAAAAGAGAGUUUGAGUCCUUGAAUAUGCAGGAGGAUGAAACUAUCAGUAAGUAUGCUGAUCGAAUAUCCUUAAUUGUUAAUAACAUUAGACUUCUUGGUGAAGAAUUUACAGACAAACGAAUUGUGGAGAAAGUUCUUGUGACUCUUCCUGAGAGAUUUGAAUCUAAGAUUUCCUCUCUUGAAGAAUCCAAGGACCUAACAAACUUUCAUUAG